CAGAUCUCGUCCAGCCAAACGCCAAUUGCAAUAUGAAGAGAGAAGAUAUUACCUACAUGGGUGCCGGCCCUGCGGCCCUGCCCACUGACGUCUUAGCCGAAGCCGCCGAAGCUCUGCAGAACUAUGAGCAGACUGGCCUGGGUAUCGCCGAGCACAGCCACCGGAGCGAGAUUGCGGCCAACAUCUUGAACACCAUGAAGGCCAACCUUGCGAGCUUCCUCGAUGUCCCUUCGAACUACGAGAUCUUGAUGAUGCAGGGUGGAGGAUCGGGCCAAUUCGAUGCGACGGCGUACAAUAUCGUUUCGGCCUGGGUUGAAAAGCAGCGCCAGAAGAUUGUGAAGGAGCUCGGCGAAGCCAGCGAAGAUGAUGUGGUCAAGGAGCUCCGCAAGAAAGUUGAGGCAGAGCUGCGAUUGGACUACUUGGUUACGGGAUCAUGGUCGUCCAAGGCUAGCCAGGAGGCGAUCCGCCUGUUUGGACCCGAGUACGUCAACAUUGCCAGUGACUCCCGAAAAGUCAACGAUGGAAAGUUUGGCAAGAUUGCCGAUGAAUCGACAUGGAAGCUGAGCCCCAAGCCUACCAUGGUCUACAUGUGUGACAACGAAACGGUGGACGGUGUUGAAUACCCCAACUUCCCCAAGGUUCUUGAGCCGACCGGCUCGGAAGAGGAUCCAUUCGUGGUCGGAGAUUUCUCUUCUAACAUCCUCUCCAGGCGUAUCCCCAUUAAGAAUUACUCUAUUGUGUUCUUCGGAGCCCAAAAAAAUCUGGGCUGUGCCGGAGUGACUGGCAUCAUCAUCCGAAAGGACCUGCUCGUCUCGUGCCCCCCAACGAUCCUUCGCAAGCUUGGACUGCCCAUUGCUCCCACGAUCCUUGACUACUGCGUCACUGCCAAGAACAACAGUCUCUACAACACCCUUCCAAUCUUCGAUGUUUACUUGGCAGGCCAAGUUCUUAAGAAGCUGUUGGCUACUUUCCCCGAUAAGGUGGACGGACAGCAAGCGGAGGCCCAGAAGAAGGCCGAUAUGAUUUAUGAGGCGGCGGACGCGUAUCCCGAAGUUUAUAAGGUUGUGCCGGACAAGAGUGUGCGCUCCCGAAUGAACAUUUGCUUCCGUGUGAUCAAGGGCGGCAAUGUCGAUGAGGCCGAGAAGGCCUUUUUGAAGGGAGCUGUUGAGCGCGGUAUCACUGGGCUGAAAGGCCACCGCAGUGUCGGAGGUAUUCGGGCGUCCAACUACAACGCCAUUCCCGUUUCGGGGGCCGAGAAGCUCGUUGCGUAUCUGAAGGAAUACGCACAAGCGUAGCUUAUUAGACUCGCCCCAUGUUUUGACGUAGUGUAAUAGUCUUUCGGAGUAGGUUCUGUUAUAUCAUCAAAAGUUUUCAACACCAUGGCAUUUGAUUUUGAGCGCGAUAGAAAUGUUCCAACGAUCGGGAUCUCCAUAACCUAGCUAGAACUGGACUAGUGACCAGUUUACUAUACCCUAUUCGUAUUGAUACCAAAAAGGAAAUCUUCUAGAAAGGGGGCAAGUAGAGGCUUGGCGGUCGGGAAUCGUUGAAUAAUCGAAAAGGAGCGAAUUUCAUGAUUAGUGAACACUCCGAGCCGAACGUCCCGCUCGCGAAUCAGGUUCGGGAAGACCGGCUUUAAUGAACACUAUGAAUGUUUAAAGUUGAGGGAUUGGGCAACCUAAAAUCGCACCAGGAUUGGCUCUAUUUGGGUCUUGCCCAAUCACUGCAGCGUGGCAAUGGCUCCCGACACGCC